AUGUUCAGCGAUGAAUCUAUCUGGAAAGACGCUCCCAUAGUUUACACUGAUGGCGCUUGUAGCAGAAAUGGAUAUCAGGGCGCAAAGGUGGCUUUUCUUGACCGUGCUUCGUUUGUAAAUGUUAAAAAUCUGCAAAUCAAGGCUGGUUAUGGCGUGUUUUGGGGUUAUGAUCAUCCCGAUAAUACUUGUGGACCCGUGCAUGGCGCGCCUACUAACAACAGAGGGGAGCUUUUAGCGGUAGAUGUGGCACUGAAGCAGGCUAUUCGUAACAAUAUGUCUUGCAUAAUUGUUCGCACUGAUUCGCAACUACUCAUGAAAUCACUCGAUAUUUAUAUGGAAAAAUGGAAGCGAAAAAAGUGGAAGACCUCUUCUGGUGAAAGCGUGAAAAAUCAGGAUCUCAUUCGUUCUAUUGACGACAGCACUCAAAGAAUUCAUGUAAAGUUUGAAUACGUAGCGGGUCACUCUGGUGUAGCCGGAAAUGAAGAAGCCGAUAAGCUGGCAAGACUUGGCGCACAA